AUGGCUGCCCCCAAGAUCAGAGUGCUGUGUCUGCACGGCCACGGCUCCAACUCUCAGGCUUUUGAGGCCGAAACCGCGGCCCUGCGCCACGAGCUGGGCGACGAGUUUGAAUGGAUCUUUGCUCAGGCCCCAGUGCCCAUGCAGCCCGGCCAGUGGUCGACCGCCGCUCUGCUGGACGAAGAGAUCAUGCGCCAGCCUGGCAAGUUCUACUCGCCCUUUGAUGUCAACGACAGCGCCAGUCUGCUCCAGGCGCAGGAGCGCUUGGAGGAGUUUGUCCGCCAGGAGGGUGACUUCCCGCUCGUGGUCUGCGAGAGCAUCUCCGCCAGCAUUGUGGCCUCGUUGCUGCAGCGUCGCGCCGAGGAGAAGCCUGAUGCGCCGCCGCUGUUCAAGGGCGCCGUCUUCCUCGCCGGAUACAGCCCGCUCGACCGCGAUGCCAUCCUGAACGCCGGCUUCGACAUUCUCGAGAACCGCGCACAGUCCAACAUCCAGUCGCUUCCUAUCCCGACCGCCAACAUCUGGGGCUCCAAGGACGCGCGCCACGUCGACCGCAGCCCGCUCUUGGCCCAGCUGUGCAACCCGGCCAUGAACGUCAACUUUGUCCACAACGCCGAUUCCAUGAUCCCUGGUGCCGCCGACGAGGAGGCCGUGGUUGGCGCAGCCCACGCCAUCCAGCAGACCGUCGACCGCGCCAUGUGCGUGUGCUAG